AUGUUCACCGAUUCCGCCGCGCACACUUCACUCGCAUUUGAAGAUGCCCUCCCCGAUGAACCGCAUGCCACCGUCAAGCGGCGUGAGAUCUGUCAACCCUUUCAACACGGGAAGUGUCGGCAUGGUACGGCCUGCCCGGAGCGUCAUGUCAUCUCACAGUUCAAGACGAUGCGUCUGGAGGUGUGUAAACAUUGGCUUCGUGGUGCCUGCGUCAAUGGUGAAAAUUGUCUGUACCUGCAUGAAUAUGACGACCGGUAUGUGCCGUUGUGUGCCUUCUAUCAACGCCUAGGAGAAUGCACGAACCCGGAGUGUCCUUUUCAGCAUGUCAUACAGGUGGAGAAACAACCGGAAUGUGCCGCCUACCGCCGUGGAUUCUGUCCACUUGGACCAAAAUGUCAUCUCCGGCAUGUUUUUCGUCCAUCCUGUCCAUUCUACAUGGCAGGGUUUUGUCCGCUCGGACCCAAGUGUACUAUGGGGCAUCCUGUCCAAGAGUUAUAUAACCGUAAUAGCGUGUCUGAGCGUCUUCGACAACGCAUGCUUAUUGAACGUGUGGAUGACCCAACAUUUAACAAAAAUGCAACAUGUUAUCGCUGCUUUGAUCCUGGCCACUUGUCACCCAACUGUCCAGGUGUGCAGAGUGGCCUCCUCCGACGGAUGCUCAUGGCAGUACAGGAGCCGGGAGAACAACUUUACUUCCAGAGCGAUGGGCGGUCAGCACGAAAAUGUUGUUUUUUUUGUGGAGAUGAGAGCCAUGAGGUGCGGGAUUGCCCAAAGAAACCAAAGAAUCAUCAAUGGCACACUCACAGACGUGCAUAA